GUUAUUUUUCUACCUGCCCUACAGAUGUCGCUAUUUUAUCUAAACUAAGGUAAAAAUGGCUAUGCCAAGAAGCUUUUACCAAGAUUCUGUUUAUGGAUCGGCCCAUCCAACCAAUUCAGACGAUAUUAUUCGAUUUCAAGUUGAAUUAGAAUUUGUUCAAUGCUUGGCCAAUCCAAUAUAUUUAAAUUUUUUAGCCCAGAGGGGAUAUUUAAAGGAUCCAUCGUUUAUCAACUAUCUCAAUUAUCUAAAAUAUUGGAAAAAGAAAGAAUAUGCCAAAUUUAUUUUAUAUCCGCAAUGCCUAUACUUUUUGGAACUUCUGCAAUAUGAAUCUUUUAGAAAGGAGUUAGGAAAUUCUCAAUGCGCCAAGUUUAUUGAGGAUCAGCAACUAUUACAGUGCGAUCCUGUAACGACCUACCUUGACCUUGCAGACAGAUAUUACCGUUCCAGGAUGAACAGUUUACGCGUUUUGCAAUCGCUCAGACGAGUAAUUAAACCCCAAUUGUUCUAUUCAACUCAAGCAGGAAUAACCGAAAGAAUAGAUUCUAUGGUAAAAGACAAAAAACUAGUUGUCUUUAUGAAAGGAACACCAGAAAAUCCAAGAUGUGGAUUCAGUAAUGCUGUCGUAAGAAUCUUAGAAAUGCACGGUGUCGAAAAGUACGAUUCCUAUAACGUUCUUGAAGAUGAAGAGUUAAGACAAGGCAUCAAAGAAUAUUCUGACUGGCCUACCAUUCCUCAGGUAUAUGUUAAUGGCGACUUUUUGGGAGGAUGUGAUAUUAUGCUUGAUCUACAUAAGAAUGGAGAUUUAACAAAAGAAUUGUCAGAUGCUGGUAUAGAUUCAACUCCUCCCCCACCACCUGAAUAA